AUGCUACCCGAGAUUGGGGGUGCUGCUGGGGCUGCUGUAGUUAGUCCUGCUGGAGGUACUGCUGGAGCUGCUUGCGGUGCUGGAGCUGACGGUCCAGCUAGAGUUCGUGCUACUGGAUUUGCUGGAGCUGGUGGAGCUGGAGCUGCUGGGGGUGUUGGCGCUAGUGGUUCUGCUGGCGCUGGUGCUUCUGAGGGUGCUGGAGUUGGCGCUGUUGGAGCUGGAGGUGCUGCUGGCGCUGGUACUGCCGCUGGGGGUACUGGUGCUGUCCCUUCUGGUUCUGGAGGCGCUGCGCGGCCGAGGCCGUACUUCGUUCCGCUCCUUGAGUAG